UGUACAAAACCUUUUGCCUUAAUGUUUCCAGAAAUUGAGGACAGCAAUAGUACUAUUGAGUACGUCAAUCCUAAGCAAGUCAAACGCAGUUAAGCCACAGACUCCCCCGCUGGCCCUUCGAUCCAUAUCUUGCCACGCCAUGGUAUUUGAUCCAACCAAUAAUAAAGCCAGGGCAGAUCAUCAUCAGCUAGGCCACAGAAAGAGCUCGUGAACUUCUCUAUAAAUAAACCCACCCUUCCACUACACAAAGAGCUCGUCGGCUUCUCUUUAGAGUGCAAAAAGAACAUACCCUGACCCAUGGCGAAACCUCGCAAGCCUAAGCCUGAAGACCCCAAACCAGCUAACUCCGGCGCCGUCGUUCGCCACCAGAAGCUCUGCCUCUCCAUCGACACGAACCUCCGUCGCAUCUACGGUUACACUCAGCUGGAAAUUGAGGUACCUGAUAUAGGAAUCGUUGGAUUACAUGCGGAGAAUUUAGGGAUCGAGAGUGUGCUUGUGGAUGGGGACCUGACGGAGUUCGAGUAUUACCCGCAUAAUCAGGGCGCCGAUAGUGAAAAACGGUGGGCCUCCGCCGUGUCUUCUCCGAUUUCAGCCGCGGAUGCUGCCGCCGCUGCUUAUGUUACGGCACUGGAGAUGGAACUGAUCCCUAAUUUGCUCAUCAAUUGUUGCAAUAAGAUGCAAAUUGAGCCGGUUAAUACGGAGACUAAUGGAGACCAAUCUUCUGCUGAAGUCAAGCAGAAUGUGAAAUCUAUUCGUGUUAACUAUUGGGUAGAGAAAAUGGAGACAGGGAUUCAUUUUGAGGAUAAUGUGGUACAUACUGAUAAUCAGUUAAGGCGUUCUCGGUGUUGGUUUCCUUGUAUUGAUGGCAAUAAUCAGCGGUGCUGUUAUGAUCUGGAGUUUACAGUUGCCCAUAAUCUCGUGGCUGUCAGCAAUGGGACCUUACUAUAUCAGGUAUUGAGCAGAGAUGACCCUCCUCACAAGACAUAUGUCUACAGAUUAGAUGUUCCUGUUACUUCUCAGUGGAUAUCCCUGGCAGUUGGACCAUUUGAAAUCCUCCCUGAUCAGCAUAAUGGUCUCAUUUCACACAUGUGUUUGCCACCUGAUUUGCCAAAGCUACGAAACACAGUGGAGUUUUUUCAUAGUGCAUUCAGCGAGUAUGAGCAGUAUCUUGAUGCAAAGUUUCCAUUUGGGUCAUACAAGCAAGUUUUCUUAUCUCCUGAGAUGGCAAUAUCCUCCUCAAAUUUUGGAGCCUCCUUGAGCAUCCUUAGUUCUCAAGUUUUAUUUGAUGAGAAGGUCAUUGAUCAGACAAUAGACACAUGCAUCAAACUUGCUUUUGCCCUUGCAAGACAGUGGUUUGGGGUAUAUAUUACUCCAGAGGCACCAAAUGAUGAGUGGCUGCUGGAUGGUCUUGCUGGUUUUUUGACUGAUUUGUUUAUCAAGAAAUUUUUGGGAAAUAACGAGGCACGGUAUCGAAGAUACAAGGCAAAUUGUGCUGUUUGCAAAGCAGAUGAUAGUGGUGCAACAGCUUUAGGUUCUUCUUUUGCUUGCAAGGAUUUGUAUGGAACCCAUUCCAUUGGCUUGCUUGGAAAUAUACGAUCAUGGAAGUCUGUGGCAAUUCUUCAGAUGUUGGAAAAGCAGAUGGGACCUGACUUCUUCAAAAAGAUUUUGCAAGCAAUAAUUUAUCGUGCACAAAAUACAACUUGCCCUGUGAGGUCUCUUAGUACGAAAGAGUUCCGGCAUUUUGCUAACAAAAUUGGAAAUCUGGAGCGUCCGUUUCUCAAAGAAUUUUUUCCUCGGUGGGUGGGAUCAUAUGGAUGUCCAGUGCUCAGGAUGGGGUUUUCCUACAACAAGCGGAAAAAUAUCAUUGAGUUGGCUGUUUUGCGGGAAUGCACAGCCACAAUUGAUUCAAGUGUAUCAGUUCUAAAUGCUAACCCUGAUUCUGAAAACCAUGAUGGUGAUAUCGGAUGGCCUGGCGUUAUGACUGUCAGGGUUUAUGAACUUGACGGCAUGUCUGAUCAUCCGGAUCUUCCAAUGGCUGGAGAUGCGUGGCAGCUGCUGGAAAUAGCAUGCCACUCAAAGCUUGCUGCUAGACGCUACCAGAAGCCUAAAAAGGGUUCAAAACCUGAUGGCUCUGAUGAUAAUGGUGAUAUACCCACUGUAGAUAUGCGCUCUAGUGUAGAAUCCCCAUUGUUGUGGAUUAGGGCAGAUCCGGAGAUGGAAUAUCUUGCUGAAAUUCAUUUUAAUCAACCUGUACAGAUGUGGAUUAAUCAGUUAGAGAAGGAUGAAGAUGUUGUUGCGCAGGCACAAGCCAUCACAGCUUUGGAAUCUUUACCAGAGCUUUCAUUUUCUGUUGUCAAGGCUCUGAAUAAUUUCCUGACUGAUUCCAAGGCCUUCUGGAGAGUUCGAAUCGAGGCAGCAUUUGCAUUGGCUAGUACAUCUUCUGAGGAAACUGAUUUUACUGGUUUGCAACAUCUGGUGAAAUUUUAUAAAAGUCGAAGGUUCGAUGCUGAUAUUGGACUCCCGAAACCAAAUGACUUCCGUGAUUUUCCAGAGUACUUUGUUCUUGAGGCCAUCCCACGUGCUGUAGCUAUGGUAAGAGCUGCAGACAGGAAAAGCCCAAGAGAAGCUGUUGAGUUUGUUCUGCAACUUUUGAAGAGUAUGGUCUUUUUAUCUUCUCUUCUCAAGCGCAUCGAUCGGCUUUUGCAAUUUGACAGGUUGAUGCCUAGUUACAAUGGGAUAUUGACAACCAGUUGCAUCCGAACCUUGGCUCAAAUUGCAUUAAAGCUGUCUGGAUUCAUCCAUCUAGAUCAUGUCUUUGAACUAAUUAAACCAUUUCGAGAUUUCGAGACAAUCUGGCAAGUUCGAAUAGAAGCAAGCAGAGCACUCCUUGAUCUUGAGUUCCAUUGCAAUGGCAUCGAUGCAGCGUUGUUGUUGUUUAUCAAAUAUAUAGAGGAAGAGCCUUCUUUAAGAGGGCAGGUAAAGUUGGGAGUGCAUGCUAUGCGGUUAUGUCAGAUACAAGCUGGAUCUGUUUCUAAUGAGGAUAUUAAGGAAACAACUCUUGUGGCUUUGCUUCAGCUUUUAGAAAGCCGUACAGCAUUCAAUAAUGUAUUUCUCCGGCACUACUUGUUCUGCAUUUUACAAGUUCUUGCAGGACGAUCCCCUACACUUUAUGGACUGCCAAAAGAUAAGUUACCACGUAUUGGUGAUGUGGAGAUUUGCCAUGAGCAGAAGAAUAAUUUUGCGGCUCUUGUUGCCGAGAUGAAGCCUUCUCAACCUUCUGCGGACAACCCAAGCCUGCAUGAUACCUCGGCAAUUCCAGAAGCGUCAAAGGAAUUGGAUACUGUUUCCAACAGUCAUGAGAGGAAGACAGCUGUAGUCAAGAUUAGGGUCAAGCAGUCUGCCACAACCAGUAAAGCAGAGGAAGCUGACAAUGGUACCGUCGAAAGAUCUCAGGGUGGGGAGAGAUCACAAGGAAAGCAUCAUGAUACUGAUCGGGGUGCAACCAGUUCUGUUUCAGUGGAUGCACCCCAAAGAAAUUCAGCUGAGGCUGUGAGCAUUAGCAAUCAAAAUAUUGAAGAAGUCAACUCAUUUCAUGAUCAUGGGUCUCGGAUUACUGCUAGCAUUGGGAGUGCAAAAAUUGCAAGUGAGGGUGACAACUUUGGAAAGGAACUUCAGUGUACUGCUGAUUCAGAUAAUGUUUCGGUGCACCCUGAUGAUCCCUCAUCGCCUAGCAUCAUUCAAGAUAACUACGUAGAUGCUGAAGCACAGAAGUAUGCGAGUCUACAAACACUAUCAGUUUCAAGACAUGAUGGCUUUUCGUUGGGUGCUGUGGAUUCUCCAUUCCGAGAGAAGGAGAAGGGGAAGAAGAAGAAGAAGAAGGAGAAGAAAGUUAAGGAAAAUAAACGAAAGCGGGAAGACCAUAAAGGAGACCGAGAUAAUCCCGAGUAUUUAGAGAAGAAGCGAUUGAAAAAGGAGAAAAAACAGAAGGAAAAGGAGAUGGCAAUGCUACUGAGUGAAGUGAAGGCAACUUCAACUGAGUUGCGAGAUAAGAAAGAGGAACCGACGUCUUUAACAGAUUUGCCUGGUAAAAAGGAGGAAGUGGAUAUCAGUUCAGCAACCGUGCAAUUAAAACCAAGUGACCCCCACAAAGUGGCGGAAACCAGGAGCGAGCCAAAAGAAGGUACUUCAGCGCCGCCCAAAUUCCGAAUAAAAAUUAAAAACAAGACACUGAAUAAGUCAUAGUCUGAGUAGUUGGCCUAUAAUGUCACCAUUGAUAUGUUGCUGGAUCGACUUUUUGGACCUAGCUGUAUGUAGAUGUUUAGUUUUAAAUAUUAACCUUCUUAUUUUGAAUUAAGUGCCUCUUUUUUCUUUCCUUCUCCUGUUACUGUUUUCUCUUCCAUCAUAAUACGGGCAUGGUGUGGUAAAGAGUUUUGAAAAACCAUGUCCUGCAGAUUCCAAUCUUCUAAAA